CACCGGAACCGGGUGUCAAGGCCCUGGAGGUCAGAAAGCCGGGCCGCGGGCGGCACCGAGAGCUGUUCUUGGGGUCGAGAGGCGCGGAGGUCAGAUCUUAAGGGGACAGGAUUCCUGGGGGUAGGUCCAAGUCAAUCCAUGUUGGACUUGGGGAUAUCAGAGCACAUUGAAGAGGAUGUCCCCAGGGAAAGCAAUCCUGGAUCAUGUCCCAGCAGCCACUUCGAGGAGUGACCAGCCUGCGUUUCAACCAAGACCAAACCUGGAUUCCUCCCAUUCCCCAGGCUGCUUUUGCUGCGCCAUGGAGACAGGCGUGCGCAUCUACAACGUGGAGCCCUUGAUGGAGAAGGGGCAUCUGGACCAUGAGCAAGUGGGCAGCAUGGGCCUGGUGGAAAUGCUGCACCGCUCCAACCUGCUGGCCCUGGUGGGCGGUGGUAGCAGCCCCAAGUUCUCAGAGAUCUCAGCAGUGCUGAUCUGGGACGAUGCCCGGGAGGGCAAGGACUCCAAGGACAAGCUGGUGCUGGAGUUCACCUUCACCAAGCCAGUGCUGGCUGUGCGCAUGCGCCAUGACAAAAUCGUGAUUGUGCUGAGGAACCGCAUCUAUGUGUACUCCUUCCCUGACAAUCCCCGAAAGCUGUUUGAGUUCGACACCCGGGACAACCCAAAGGGGCUCUGUGACCUCUGCCCUAGCCUGGAGAAACAAUUGCUAGUGUUCCCAGGACACAAGUGUGGGAGUCUGCAGCUUGUGGACCUGGCAAGCACAAAGCCUGGCACUUCAUCUGCUCCAUUUACCAUCAAUGCACAUCAGAGUGAUGUGGCCUGUGUAUCCCUAAACCAGCCAGGCACCGUAGUGGCCUCAGCUUCCCAGAAGGGCACUCUUAUUCGUCUUUUUGACACACAGUCCAAGGAGAAACUUGUGGAACUACGCCGAGGCACUGACCCUGCCACCCUCUACUGUAUCAACUUCAGCCAUGACUCCUCCUUCCUCUGCGCUUCCAGUGAUAAGGGCACAGUCCAUAUAUUUGCUCUCAAGGAUACCCGUCUCAACCGCCGCUCUGCGCUAGCUCGAGUGGGCAAGGUUGGGCCUAUGAUUGGACAGUACGUGGACUCUCAGUGGAGCCUGGCAAGUUUCACUGUGCCUGCUGAGUCAGCCUGUAUCUGUGCCUUUGGUCGCAACACUUCCAAGAAUGUCAACUCUGUCAUUGCCAUCUGUGUAGAUGGGACCUUCCACAAAUAUGUCUUCACUCCUGAUGGAAACUGCAACAGAGAGGCUUUCGAUGUGUACCUUGACAUCUGUGAUGAUGAUGACUUUUAAGGACCCUGUGUGGGUUGUGCUAGGGACCUGCAGUGGCAGAGUGCAAAGCAUUUAUGGGGGUGGGAGUGGUGGAAGCCACCAGCCAGCAAGCACUAAUGGGGUAGGUGCCCACUUUCCACUCCGCAGAGCAAUGCCUAAACAGCUCAUUUCCCCCAAGCACUUGUUGAUGAUUAUGCCCUUAAGGACUGUGUGCCCACAGAGCCAGGCCAGGUACUCAGACAAGCAGCAGAUGUCCUGGGCUCCCAACCUGGAGAAGACCAGGGACCCUGAGGGAGUGCCCUAAUCCAACCUGUGGGGAUUAAAAACAAACAAACAAAAAAAAAAAACAACACCUUCCUAGAAAGAGCCAAUCUUUGGUGAAUAUGAAUAAAAAGCCCUUAAUAGUA